GAGAAGAAGUAAUACGAACCCACAGAGUGUUUGGUUCCGGGAUACGGAGCGCCUGGUGACUAGCAGUUUAGGGACAACACAAUCCACAUUAGCGUUUGUGGUACCACGCGCUAUUUCCCUGGCCCACCGGGAGCACAAUCAAAGCUGAGCCGUCAAUAUGGUGCUUCACGCGACUGCCGAAAUAUCGUGCCCAGAUUCUUUAUUUUGGGACAGAAAGUCACCAGGCCUUAUGGACUUCUGAUUCCAUAAUCUCCCCUGCGCUGGGUUUGUUGGAGCUUUCCCAACGAUAGUUCGGCUGCCGCUUUUGCUUAGUUAUACCCUGCCUCCUCAGCAAAACAAAGUCUGCGUAGGCCUUUUUUUUCUCCCCCUUUGGUCUCGCAGAGUGGAAAAUAUGAAAGCGCAUACCAUCCUGCUGUGUUGCUUCGCGGCUGUUUGCGCCGCGGAUCUCAUCCACAUCAGAGUCCGAACCAGCAAGGACAAAGAGGUCGGCCUUCUCGCGAAUAUGGAUGAGUUGGAAAGAACACAUCGCUUUGCUGCCUCCGGUAUCGGUGCGUCUGUGACCGACAAGCACGUUUACUGCCAGGCCUUCAGUGACCCUCACGGCCGCGAUGAGCUGGGGGACGCCUUCUCUGCGGCCAACGACGCCACGUUCACUUCGUCAAAGGACGCCGAAGCAGUUCCUAUCGGCUCAUUCUACUGCUCGGACAGCCUGGACAAAUUGGAGGCGCCGGGACAAAAGCCGUUAUCGCUGAAGAAGUCGGACGGCAAAAAGACGGACAAGACGGUGAGAAUACAGUUUCGGACGGGCUUCGACGACUUCACGCAGGGAGAUGUCAAGCUAGGAGAGACUGUGCCACUUGGGAGACAUUCCAAACUUGGCAACAGUGUGCUUGAAGCAAUGGUGGUCUCGGCGACUGGCGACGUGAACUGGGCCAAAGUGCAGUGCCAGCUCUAUGAGGAUACAGAGGGCAAAGAAGAGGUUGGCAAAGCGUUCUCGAUGUACGGCGAGACUUACGGAACGGAGCCGGAGAAGGUUGCGGCCGUAAGAUGCGAAGAAUGA